CUACUACCCUCAGCCUCCUCCCCACCUCCUCCUCAUCCUCAUCCCCGUCUGCAACUCCGAAUAACACAAAAUAAACUAGGAUCAACAAAAACAUCUUCCCAUAGACUCCUUCUCAUCCAACCCGUCUCUCCACUGUGAUACGAUACAUUUGGGGAUAACCCCAUCACUCGCGCCCACCAUGAUGUCGGGGUGGUUUGCCUCCUCCUCGCAGCUCGAUGAACAAAUCGACCGCGCAACCUCGAGCUCGCUGUGCGUCUCAACCUGGCUUCCACCUGGCUGCUAGUUUUAGAGGGUGCGGUGCUAACCUGAUGACAGAGAGGAUAUUGCCCUUAACCUCGAGAUCUCCGAUAUCAUACGAUCCAAAACGGUGGCAUCCAAGGAUGCAAUGCGCUCCCUGAAGCGGCGCAUAGGCAAUAAGAAUCCCAACACUCAGCUGAGUGCACUGAACGUGAAGACCUCCGUAAAGCAAGAUAUUGGGAACCAGCACUGAUAACAGAUUGUAGCUUACCGAUACCUGCGUCAAGAAUGGCGGGUCCCAUUUCCUGGUCGAGAUUGCUUCGAGAGAGUUCAUGGACAAUAUGGUGUCCUUGUUGAAGGCAUAUGGCGGAGCGGCGGUUAAUGACGAUGUGAAGAAUAAGAUAUUGGAACUGAUCCAGACGUGGGCAACCGCAACCGAAGGUCGAUAUGAGCUGUCUUAUAUUGGAGAGACAUACAAAGGCCUUCGGCGAGAAGGCUUCCGAUUUCCAUCCAAAGUUGAUGUUGCAAGUAGUAUGUUGGAUAGCAGUGCGGUUAGUAUCGUGAUGCCGCUCAUGAAAGAAACCAUACUGAUCUUUACCAGCCCCCGGAGUGGACUGAUUCCGAUGUUUGCAUGCGCUGCCGAACCGCCUUUAGUUUCACGAAUCGUAAGCACCACUGCCGAAAUUGUGGCAAUGUUUUCGAUCAGCAGUGCUCUGCAAAAGUACUCCCAUUGCCUCAUCUUGGCAUACUACAGCCGGUCCGAGUCGAUGAUGGAUGUUAUGUGAAGUUGACCGAUAAGUCAUCGAAAGGGGGAUCUUUUGGGAAUGAGCGCUCAUCGCACCCACAUAAAAAUAGAUCACACGCCCACGGCUCGAUGCAACCCCGGAGCCCGAGGGUUGAUGAAGGUUUUGAUGAAGACUUAAAGAAGGCCCUUGCAAUGAGCUUGGAAGAGGUAAACAGCCACUCUGGUGCCGGAUACGUUCCUCAAUCGAAGAUCCAGACCAGCUCGAACCUUCCAGCUGCCAACAUAGCGAAUAAGCCAACCCCGAGCAAGCCAGCAGAAGAGGAAGAUGUGGAUUUAGCGACUGCUAUUGCCGCCUCCCUUGCUGAUAUGGAAGAGCAAAAGAAGAAGUUCUCGGCAACCAUGAAAGAGGAAACCUCCAAUACAACUACCAAGUCUUCGUUCGCGGUUCCCAAAAAUUAUUAUGAGCUUACUCCAGUUGAAGCGGAAAAUAUCAAUCUAUUCUCCACUCUGGUAGACAGACUUCAAACACAACCACCGGGAACAAUUUUACGCGAACCGCAAGUACAAGAGUUAUACGAUAGCAUCGGAACACUUAGACCAAAACUUGCUAGGACUUAUGGGGAGACGAUGAGUAAACAUGGUUGGUGGCAGGUUACCUUGUUUUGAAAAGUUUUGCUAAUUCUUGUUAGAUGCGCUUCUUGAUCUUCACGCCAAAUUAUCUACUGUUGUACGAUAUUAUGAUAAUAUGCUCGAGAAACGCUUGACAGACACUUAUAGUCAACACACUAUCGGCGGCUAUGCCCUUCCUCCGCAAAGACCAGCAUCGUCAAUAUACCCAUCAAUAUCUUCUAAUGUUCCAAAUGGAGCCUCUGGCGCAGAAAGCUUUUAUACUGGUACCUCUCAGGCGACGGAGCCGUACGUUCGACCACAAUCCACAUACUCAUUUGCACAGCCUCAACAAUACAACAGAGCGUCAGUACCAAACCCUGGUUAUGCCCCGACUGAGCACCGCCAAGAUUCAUACUCUCAAUAUCCACCGCAACAACAAAUGCCCCAACGGCCACAGCAAUUCCAGGGAACCCAGAGUUGGCCAGGGUCAGAGCAAGGGACUGCACCAUAUGGUUCCCAGCAACCAGUGUAUGCACCAGAAGCAACACCUCAGUCACAGGCAUCUCUCCCUAUGCAAACUCCUUCCCAACCACCAUCUAGUUAUAACGCCUCUGAUCCAACAAUCACUCCGGCUGCCGAUCCAAAUGCGGCAUUUUAUUACAAUAAUCCGUCACAGGUACCAACGCCCCAGCAAUCUACCUUAGAACCUAGUCAGCCUCAAUUCACGCCAUCCCACUCGCCACAGCAAUAUCAUAAAACUGCUGCGCAACCUCAAUCCCCUCCACCACAGUUUACCUCAAAGACUCCGGCUCAACAACAAAUCCAACCACAACAGGCACCAAGCUCUCAAUCGCAGGCAGCUCAGCAACCACCUCCACCACAGGCGCAGCAGCAGCCCCAGUACUGGCAACAACCUCAGCAGUCGUGGGCACCGCAAUCGUCCACUUACUCUGGAUACACGCAGGAGUCGUUUCCGUCCGCGCCUCAUCAUACUCCUCAGCAACCGAAGUUGGUGGAGGAGAGUUUGAUUGAUCUUUGAGACGGAAAAUGGUUGUUUCUUAGCAGCGAAUGGCGUUUGGUAGACAACGAUAUGUUUUUCACUCAUUUUAAAAAUUGUACGUACUGCAUCUUGACAGAAGUAGGUCGCUAUGGAAUAUGGAUGGAUACCAUGGCUUGGGAUGCGAUUAUCUGACAGAUGUGAGAAGGCGGUGAAGGUUGUUUGGACCGGGUUUAUGGAUGUAUUUGCUAGUAGAUAAUACCCAAAGGAAGAAACUUUACGUCCGU